AUCGGUUCGCUUGGAUUGGAUCUGGAUGGAUGGUAAUGAAGAUCUGUUCGCUUGGCUCUUGGAGCCGAUUUCAUCUUCGAUUCUGUCUGUGAGGUAUCAUUAUUACGUGUGACAAUGAUGAGGCUGACAGACAAACCGGAGAAUAAUUGACUUCGAGAGCCAAGCGAACAGAUGUUUUCUUAACCUUUGUUUCUUGUAUAGGAAGACGCAAAGCUGUUUGUAAAGAAUUCACCUUUAGCUGGCUUGAUUUAUCUUGACAUUUAUUUUUCCUUUUAUUUAAUUUUAUUCUCCUUCUUAUAAAAACAGCUAAAUAAAUAAAUAACUGCAAAGACUUAAUUAGGCCCAUUUAGUCUGGUGUAUAUAAAAAGAAAGAAACCCUACUACCGGAUCGAGGGACUUGUGUCUGUUAUUAGAUUUUUAGGUUUAGAGGAUGGGCCGUCGCGUCUCAAGGAGGUGGGAGGAACCGGCGAAGGCUGCUAAAAUAGCGGUAUGGUGGGACAUGAAGGACUGUCCGAUCCCAGAGGGUUAUGAUGCUCGUCUCUUCCGUCCGAGUUUAGAAGCGGCAUUCAAGAGUGUUGGCUACUCUGGUCCUGUCUCCAUCACUGCCUAUGGCGACCAAACACAAACCCCUGAUCACAUCCUGCGAGUGCUCUCUUCCACUGGAGUCGCUGUUGCACAUACCAGACCCGAAAGCACAAACUCACUCAUGUAUGCGGAUAUGGUGGAAUGGCGAGGUAAAAAUCCUGCUCCGGCUUCAAUGAUGAUCAUAUCCAAUCAGGUGCACACUGUCUUCGCUUGGGAUCUGGCCCGGCUACAACAACGGACGCUAUACAACCUUUUUCUGGUUUAUUCAAUCAAGUAUCAAUAUAUGACAAUCCUGGAAACUUGUAGAGAGUGGGUUUGGGAAAGAUUACUAGGGUACGCGGAUGAUGAGACCAGAAGCGCACCACUUGUUCAGGAGAAGCGCAGUGACACGGGCGAGUUAUCAUCUGCCACGCUUUACUGCAAAUCUUGCAACUUCGAUUCCCAAAGCCCUGAAGAUUUCAGGAAGCAUCUCUCGAGUUAUAAGCAUAAACGAGAAGAGGCUAUAGACCCUACGGAGAAAGUAGUUGACUGUGUAACAGAGAAGUGGGCAAGGGACUACCCGGCGACGCCUGAAUACGCGACAGCUCAGAUAGUGGUGUGGUGGGACUUGUUUGAAUGUCCGAUCCCCAAGGGAUAUGAUGCUCGUCGGGUCCGGCCGAGUUUAGAAGCGGCAUUUAAGAAUCUUGGCUACUCUGGUCCUGUCUCCAUCACUGCCUUUGGCGAUCUAAACCGUAUCCCUGAUCACCUCCUGCGAGGUCUCUCUUCCACUGGAAUCGUUGUUGUGCAUACCGGUUACGCUUACAAAGAAACUCUAAUUUAUUCAGAUAUUGAGAUUUGGGUAGAUUCUAAUCCUCCUCCGGCUACUAUUAUGGUCAUAGCGAAUAGGUUGGAACCGGUCUAUCCAGUUUCUCUUGUCAGGCUACUACAAGUGCACAAACACAAGCUUUUUCUGGCUUAUUCAUGUAGGCCUCGCAAAAUGUCUGCCCUGCUCACUUCUGCCGAGUGGCUCUGGGAAAGGUUACUUGCAGUUUCAGAGACAAGAAAACACGUUCUUCACAAGUGCAGUACAAGUGAAAGUUUUUCCACAGUUUCAGAGACAAGAAAACACGUUCUUCACAAGUGCAGUACAAGUGAAAGUUUUUCCACUCUUUCAGAAACAAGUGGACACGUUCCUCACAAGUGCAGUAAAAGUGAAAGUUUUUCCACUCUUUCAGAGGCAAGAAAACACCUUCUUGAGAAUGGCAGUAAAAAUGGAAGUUUUUCCACAGUUUCAGAGGCAAGAGUACACGUUUUCUCCACUUGUUCAGAGGCAUUUAGACACGUUAUUCAGAAGUUCAGUAAAAGUGAAAGUGAUAGGGGUGAAUCUACCUCAACAUUUAAUUGCGAAAUAUGCUUCUGUUAUUACGAAAGCCUUGAUGAUUUCAGGACGCAUCUCUCAACUGAAGAACAUACACAACAAGAGGGUCAUAUUAUUGGGUAUUUUCAAUCUAGGGAGAAGGUUCAUUCGGCCGAGUACGAUCCAGAGGCUUGGCGAGAGGUUUAUGAGAUGAGACGUAAGGUGAAGAAGGAAACUAAAUCAGCCGAGUACGAUCGAGGGCAUUGGCUCCGACAGGAAGAACGUAGGAGGAAAGCAUUCCGGACGAUUUUUCCUCUUCGUUUACGUCUUACUAAUCGUGGGCGUAGACCUCGACGAAAAUCUCCAACCUGCAAGAAAGAGUAGAAGAGAUCAAACGUAGGAGGAAAGUAUUCGGGACGGGUUUUCAUUUACGUCAUACUCUAAUCGUAGAGCUCGACGAAAAUCUCAAACCUACAAGAAAGAGCGGUGAAAUUGUUACCAAGUCGGUCAUCACUGUGUAAUUUUUAGUUUGUAGCCUUUUAUGUUUCAAUUUGAAGCACUAUUGUAUUUUUUCAUUUCGUUUUGCUUGUUUAAAACAAUGCUUAUAUAAAGCAAGUUACUGAUGGUAGUAAUGUUAUUUUAAAUAUUAAAUUAAAGGUUGUUGUUUUUCAAAUUUA